AUCUAAAAGCCUCUUAAAUGCCACUAUGGUACCUGCGUUCACCGCCGUCCCUGGCAAUGCGUUCCAAGCCCCCAUCACAAUAGGUGUGAUGUUGAAAUUUCGGUUGUGGUUGGUACAGCUUCGAAGUCACUUUCACGCUCUGAAACAUAGCUGACCCACCUAUCUACCUUAUGGAUUAAAUAGUUUGCUCACUGACACGCGUUCACCAAGGCUGGUGGAUCUGACGGGUGGGUGAGAUUAAUAUAUUAUCACCAGCAAGCGGAUCGUCCAAACUUUUGUGUUGACGAGCGUAGAUUUCAUUUAAUUCUUGUUGCCAUAGUGUUGGAACCCAGUCUAAACAGUUGUGGCGAAUUGAGAAUGUUGGUGUUUCGGGGCAGGUUCUAGCCAGGAAGCUCGUCGGUCAGGGACGACUUGACCCUCAGUCAAUGUUAAAAGCAACCAUCAGAUCACAAGCCGGUCUACAGAUCUCCCGGCAGCAGAAGAGAAAGUCUCCCAAAGUUCUCGGCCACGUCCAGAGGGAUGGAGGCUCUCCAGUGCGACGUUGUCCCGGCUUGCUUGGUCCCAGAUGCUCGGCUGUUCCGAGGAGAGGACGCCGGCUACUUGGUGUCCACCGCGUCCGAGUGCGGGGACAGGGAAGAGCUGACCCCGGGCGGGAGGAAUCUCAACAAGCAAGCGGCCCGAGGCAAACCCUGGCGUAAACUCGAGGCGGCUUUCGGCGAUGGAGACGGGGCGAGACUCGCCAGUGCCAAGAGCAACGCUCUCCCCUCGAAGUCUUCCCCCAAGAGGCCAGAGAAGGGCAAGAGCAGGAAGAAGGUGGUGCCGGCCCGCAGGAAGUAUCACCGGCGGGCUCCCAAGCAGCGGUGGAACAGCGGAGGUUGGGCCGUGGAGGAGGACGGGGACAGCCAGUGCUUCCCCCACCGCCGCCCCAACGCCUCCAAGUUCAGCAAGGUCGGCCCCAACUCCUGCGUCUUCCUGCCCGUUCCCGAGGACAUCUUCAUCGAGGACAUGCUGUCGGACGUCCCACACUAUCGCAGCAACUCCCAGCUCAAGUCCGGGGAGUUCUGGUGUAGUGUCGCUGCCGACAUCCCUCCAUACAGGGGCGCUGGCAGAACCUGGAGACAGAAAGAUAAUUUUAAAGAAAAGAUACAGGGAACUCUCAAAUAAUUAAUUGUCCCCCCAUAUCAAAUAUCUAUUAAUAAAAUAAUAUUAUUAAACCUCUU